AGUGUUGCCUGGGGGAUGGAAGAUGAAGUGGAUUUGAGCUUCUUGUGCAAGAGUGAAGCGGCUGGAGUGAUCUACUCUGUGCCCAGACCAGCAAGACCGUUUCCCAUACCGCAUCCUGUCUCGCUCUUGUGGUUCUUGCCAGUCUCGUUCGACGAGUUGUCUUCCGAAUUCCUAGAUCCGUUUGUCGUAAGCGUCGGCAUAUUCCUGACAACUCGCCUCGCUUGAAACUUCGAAUUCGCCCUCGUGCACACUUGCGGCAGCGCUUUUGUUUGCUUUUGCCUCACCUUGUUUGUUUUUCCAGGGCUCGUCGCAGAUUCUUUUUGUUUUGGAUUUGAGUUUUAAAUUAUUUUAAUGGGUUGCAAAUAGUUGCAGGACUUUUCAUUUGAAGUCUGGUUACGUCAGACUGAAAGUCAGUCUGGAUUCACACCAAAAACAACCAAAAAACAUCCAGGCUUGUCUGCAGUCCCACAUAAGGGCAGAACAUCCACAUGGGGACUUUGACACAGCGAUGGAGCUACGGUGGAAAAGAGGAGGAUGAGAAACUGGGGAAAAGCCAGUCCCUGCUGUUAAAAAAGGAAGACCAUGCUAGUCUUAGGACAGAAGCGCUGAGAGUCGCGGUGUUUUCUGUGGUUUUCCGUGUCGUCAACUGCUUCCUGGUCCAGAGCAGCUUCGUUCCAGAUGAGUACUGGCAGUCUGUGGAGGUCGCCCAUCACAUGGCCUUCAAUUAUGGUCACCUGACGUGGGAAUGGAAAAAAGGCAUACGAGGGUUCACCUAUCCUCUAUUCUUUGCGGCCAUCUAUAAAAUACUACACUGGAUCCACUGUGACUCUGUGCAUCUUCUGGUUUGGCUGCCCCGACUGAUUCAAGCGCUCGUCACGGCGUUUGCUGAUUUCAAAUUCUUCUUCCUCCUCAGAGGACUGGAAAAUCGGGACGUUGCGAAAUGGACGUCCUUCUGCCAUCUGUGCUCGUGGUUCACGUGGUACAGUUGCAGCAGAACGCUGACCAACAGCGUGGAGGCCACCAUCACUUGCCUGGCUCUGUGCUACUUCCCCCUGCCAGGGUCCAAAACACACAGCAGCAAGAAAUAUUUGAGCCUCGUCGCAUUAGGGAUCGUCGUUCGCCCGACGGCCCUGAUUGUCUGGCUGCCGCUGUUGAUUCACCAUUUCUGGCACGAUGAAAACAAACUGAGACUCGUCGUGCAUGACUACAUCCCCAUUGGGGCUUCGGCGGUUGUGAUUUCAACCAUAAUUGACCGCAUCUUCUACGAAAAGUGGAUCUUCGUGCAUUUGAACUUCCUCAAUGUGAACAUUUUGGACGGCGUUGCCAGCUUGUACGGCACCCACCCCUGGCACUGGUACCUCACUCAGGGCUUCCCCGUCAUAAUAGGCCCCCACGCCCUGUUCUUUUGUCACGGGUGCUUCCUCGCUCACAAAAGGUACAGAAUUCUGCUCCUGACCAUUGCCUGGACCGUCGGUAUUUACAGUUUGCUUCCUCACAAGGAGUUUAGAUUCAUCUACCCUGUGCUUCCUUUCUGUAUGAUCUUUUGUGGGGCGGCGUUGGCCCGUAUGAGAGUGUGGCGAAGAGCGGCCGCUAGUUUUUUGUUAGCGUCCAACCUGCUCACAGCCCUCUACACGGGCCUGAUCCAUCAACGUGGCGCUCUGGACGUCAUGGGCCACGUCCACGCACUGUGCCGCGACGUCUCCCAGCCGGACGUCCUCUUCGCCAUGUCCUGCCACUCCACGCCAUACUACAGCCACGUGCACUGCCCACUGAAGAUGCGGUUCCUGGAGUGCCCGCCCGACCUGGGCCAGGCGGACUACGUGAACGAAUCGGACCGCUUCAACGAGGACCCGCUUCUCUGGCUCCAAACUUCGUAUCCGCACGCACGUUCACGUCCUACUCACUUGGUUCUCUUUGACGUUAUGGAGAAGAAGAUUGCCGCAUUUCUGCGCCAAAACAACUACACGAAAACAACAGACAUAUUUCACACUCAUUUUCCCGAGGGAGGGGUAGGAAGAAGAAUCUUUAUUUAUGAACGGCAUCGACAACCACGGGGACAUGUCGGCGGCCAUGUCUGACCUCAUGCAGUAGCUGAUGAAAUAAAAUACUUUACACAAUUUUUUUUCCUGUCUCAUUCAGAUGAGAACAAAAAAAAUGGAACGUUAGAACAUUAACCUCCGUCACACAAGCUUGUUCUACAUAUCAAACCCAUUUGCUUUUUUUACACCCCGCAAUUCUUUUUUUUUUUUUUGUUGCAUACAAAUAACAACCAAUCACACAUUUACAAACAAAUUGUGUGUUAAUCAACAUUAGUCGGCUAUUGCGUUCGAGCUAAGGUCGAAUCGGCACGCAAAC